AGCAAGCCAGCUAAUUACUAGCUCCUCCGCCUCUUCUUCUUGCUCUCCGGCAGCAAAGCUACCUAGCUCAACUUCAUUAAGCCAAUCCUUCUCUCCGCCUCCCAACCUUCUUUGCUCAUAAUCAAGGUUUAAAUUACCUACCUAAAAGGAAUGGGCAGCUUGGGCACCAACCCCAUGUCCUUCUCCGCCAUCCCCGACGACAAGGCGGCGUUCGAGCCGCUCAACCCCGAAGAUGUCCGUGCAUACCUCCACAAGGCCGUCGACUUCAUCUCCGACUACUACACCAACAUCGAGUCCAUGCCCGUACUCCCUAACGUGAAGCCGGGGUACCUGCAAGACGAGCUCAGCGCGUCCCCGCCAACUUACUCUGCGCCAUUCGACGUCACCAUGAAGGAGCUCAGGACCUCUGUUGUCCCCGGCAUGACGCACUGGGCUAGCCCCAACUUCUUCGCCUUCUUCCCCUCCACCAACAGCGCAGCUGCGAUUGCCGGCGACCUCAUUGCCUCAGCCAUGAACACCGUCGGAUUCACGUGGCAGGCCUCACCUGCCGCCACUGAGAUGGAGGUUCUCGCUCUCGACUGGCUUGCGCAGCUCCUGCGUCUGCCCACAACCUUCAUGAACCGCACCAGCACUGGUCGUGGCACCGGCGGUGGGGUUAUCCUUGGCACAACAAGCGAGGCCAUGCUCGUCACGCUAGUCGCCGCCCGUGAUGCAGUGCUGCGUCGAAGCGGCUCUGUCGGCGUGUCUGGCGUUCCACGCUUGGCUGUGUAUGCUGCCGACCAAACCCACUCCACGUUCUUCAAGGCUUGUCGCCUCGCGGGAUUUGACCCCGCCAACAUCCGCUCCAUCCCUACCGGGCCAGAAACCAAUUAUGGGCUAGACCCGACAAAGCUUCUCGAGGUCAUGCAAGCUGAUGCCGACGCUGGUCUUGUGCCAACAUAUGUCUGCACUACCGUGGGCACCACGUCUUCCAAUGCCGUUGACCCGGUGGGCGACGUCGCCGAUGUUGCCGCCAUGUUCAGUGCAUGGGUCCACGUCGAUGCUGCCUACGCUGGCAGUGCAUGUAUCUGCCCUGAGUUUCGCCACCAUCUCGACGGCGUCGAGCGCGUGGACUCCAUUAGCAUGAGCCCACACAAAUGGCUUCUCACAUGCCUUGAUUGCACAUGUCUCUAUGUCCGUGAUGCUCACCGACUGAGUGACUCAUUGGAGACCAACCCGGAGUAUCUCAAGAAUGAUGCUACCGAGUCCGGCGAGGUCACCGAUCUUAAAGACAUGCAGGUCGGCGUUGGCCGGCGCUUCCGCGGGCUCAAGCUUUGGAUGGUCAUGCGUACCUAUGGUACCGCAAAGCUCCAAGAGCACAUCCGUAGUGAUGUUGCCAUGGCCAAGAUGUUUGAAGAUUUCGUCCGUGCCGAUGACAGGUUUGAAGUGGUCGUACCGAGGAACUUUGCUCUUGUUUGCUUUCGGAUCAAGGCAAGUGGAGCCAUGACGGAGAAGGAUGCUGACGAGGCCAACCGCGUGCUAAUGGAAAAUCUGAACAAAACUGGCAAGGCUUAUCUUGCACACACGGUGGUCGGUGACAAGUUCGUGUUACGGUUCGCCGUUGGGUCGUCGCUGCAGGAGGAGAGGCAUGUGAGAAGUGCUUGGGACCUCAUCAAAAAGACUACGAGCAGUAUCAUGGAUUAAGUGGACAGACCUAUCGGUGCCGAAAGCUUUAGGGGCAACACAAAUCCCAAUAUUUAUGAUACAUUUAUUCUUUUAAUUUAUCUUUCUUUUCUUUUGCUUCGAUUCAGAUUAUUAUUUAUUUGGACAUGUGGUUCUUAUUUCCACUGAGGGUAUAUGUAUAUAGUAGGCAACGAAAUGGAUUGUAGACUGUAAAAGGUAAAAUGGCUUAUAUUGAAUGAACACGAGAUACUUUUUUAUUUGU